AUGUCUCGUCGGGCUCGCUGUGAAGAACAAGAAGAACUGCUUUACCAGGAUUCAGAUGUGACAGAUCGAAGGGAUAACAGAUGUAAAGUCAAGUGGUCUCGUGAAGAAGAUGAGCUGUUGAAUUCACUGGUGACACAGUUUGGACAUGACUGGAAAUUCCUAGCAAGCCAUUUUCCUAACCGCACUGAACAGCAAUGUCAGUAUCGUUGGCUAAGAGUGCUAAAUCCUGUUCUUGUAAAAGGCCCCUGGACUAAACAAGAAGAUCAGAAGGUUAUUGAAUUGGUGAAAAAAUAUGGCACAAAGCAAUGGACUCUCAUAGCCAAGCAUUUGAAAGGCCGUCUAGGAAAGCAAUGUCGGGAACGUUGGCACAACCACCUGAACCCUGAAGUCAAGAAAUCAUCCUGGACAGACGAGGAAGACCGCAUAAUUUGUGAGGCUCACAAGAUACUUGGAAACUGGUGGGCUGAGAUUGCCAAGCUGCUGCCUGGAAGGACUGAUAAUGCUGUGAAAAACCAUUGGAAUUCAACAAUCAAAAGGAAGGUGGACACAGGAGGCUUUCUUAAUGAAGCAAAAGAAUCCAAACCCCUUUAUUUGCUGGUGGAAGUGGAAGGCAGCGAUGGACAAAAUACAUCAGAAGGGGAAAAUCAGCACUUUUUGACCAACUGGCCCGUCCAGACUUUGGAAGUAAAGAAGGAAGAAGUUGCUGAUGAAGAGCCAGCAGACCUGCAGAUGUUGCCAUCUGAGCCAGUGCUUGAAAACCUAGUGGAGCCCAGUGUCAAUGGAGCAUCAGAAAUCAUGGUGUCAGAUGAUCCUUUGGAUGGGAGUUCUGCAUGUACAUGGGUGGUUGAAGGCAAUUAUUUGUGUACUGCUGCAGCCCCAGCUAUUUCAGAAGCUCUGGACAUGAUUGAAUCUGACCCAGAUGGUUGGUGUGAUCUCUCCCAGUCUGACUUACCUGAUGAUGGGGAACUCAUCAAAUUUGCAGACGACACCAAUAACAGCAACAGUCCGGAGAAGCAAGCCUCUAUAAAACCCUACUGCUCUUCACAGAAUGUUACAGAGUACCGUUUAGAUGGCCACACCAUUUCAGAUCUCAGCAAAGGCAGCAAGGGUGAACUUAUCCCCAUUUCACCUUGCACAGACAUGAGCUUUGGCACACCCCCUGCUGUGCUCAAGAGGCAAAAAAAGAGGAAAAUUAGUCUCUCACCAGUUUUAGAGGGUGGCACCAGUACAAAUCUCUCCUUCCUUGAUUCCUAUAACAGCAUGACACCCAAGAGCACACCAGUUAAAAGCACCCCCGUCAAAACUCUGCCAUUCUCUCCAUCCCAGUUCCUGAAUUUAUGGACAAAACAAGACAUUUUUGAUUUGGAGAACCCCUCCUUAACUUCCACACCCGUUUGCAGCCAGAAGGUGAUUGUGACAACCCCACUGCACAGGGACAACACACCACUACUGCAGAAGACCUCUGUAUUUGUAACUCCUGAUCAGAAAUAUACUGCAGACAAUACACCUUAUACGCCAACUCCUUUUAAGAAUGCGCUAGAGAAAUAUGGCCCAAUAAGGCCUUUGCCCCAAACACCUAAUCUUGAAGAGGAUUUGAAAGAAGUACUCUGGAGUGAGACUGGAAUGGAACUGAUCAUAGAAGAUGAUGUGAAGCCAGAGAAAUAGAGGAGAAAACAGGGUUUGCACAGGAGUCCAAUUAAGAAGGUCAGGAAAUCCCUUGCUUUGGACGUUAUUGAUGAAGACUUGAAGUUGACUGUUUCCUCUGUGGCCAAUCCUAUUUGCUUCAAAAGAACUCAGUCCCUAAACUUUUCCUUGUCAAGCAGCAAGAAUGACAACAGUUUACUCAACAGAGGAUUUGUGCACAUAAAGGCUGAGAAAGUUCCAUCUUCCAGAAGAAACCAAAGUAAAUUCAGGGUACCAACUUUGAUGUCCAAUGCUUGGAAAACUGUGGCUUGUGGUGGUUCCAAAGAUCAGCUAAUCAUGCAAGACAAAGCUUGCCAAGUCCUGGGUGUUUUGAAACAUAAUCACACAUCUCGAACAUUGAUCCUAUCUUGA